UGCUGUCAGAGACGAAGGUUUCAGUCGACACACACGAUAAGAUGUCUGGAUGUCCCAGAGGUCUUCCAGGUCCAGCUGCAGCGUGAGAAACCCUCCAAUCAGAGCAGUCCAGUGGAGCUGUGACUCAUCAGGAAACAACUCACCUGAGUUGUUCUUCGUCGACAUUUUGGACUGUGUGAAGAAACUGAUCCAUCAGAGACCAGACUCUGCUGAACCUGAACCCAGCUGUGUGUCCUUCAAGAGUGACAGGUCAAAAGAUCUCGGCAUUAACUUUAAAGGUCAACAACCCUCUGCUGAAAAGAGAGUGGACCAGGAGAGCUCAAAGGUUCCCUGUGGUCAGUCUGCCCAGCAGCAUCAAACACACCUGGACUCCAUAUUUAUGCUGCUGGAGGAGAACAUCGUCACUUUUGUGAAGAACGAUCUGAAGAAGAUCCAGAAUCUUCUGAGUCCCGAUUACCCAGAAUGCUCAGAGAGUCAGAGGGAGGAUGAGGAUGAAGAGCAGAGGAGGAGCAGAGAGGCAUUUCUGAAGAUCACACUGCACUUCCUGAGGAGAAUGAAGCAGGACGAGCUGGCUGACCGUCUGCAGCGCAGAAGUCCAGCAGGAGUUUGUAAGCGUAAACUCAAAUUUCACCUAAACAAGAAGUUCCAUUGCUAA